CCGGAAGUAUCUAUUAACAGGCCGCCCCUUGAUGAAAGUACUUCAGUUUAUGUGAAGGUGGUGCUUUAAAUAAAAGUUGUGAGCGCAGCCGUGGUGGUGUUAGAGACAGCCGUCGUUUGUCGGAACAGUGGCCCUUGGUUCGACUUUUGUCUCCACUACACGCGUUGAGGGGAGCUGAGAGAUAAUCUGCGCACUCUAGAAGUUCUCCGAGUGUCGAGUUGGCAAAGAUGUUUCAGAUAAAAAAGAUCUGUUGUAUUGGUGCUGGAUACGUAGGAGGCCCAACAUGCAGCGUAAUUGCCCAGAUGUGUCCAGAGGUCACAGUGACUGUCGUGGAUGUGAAUGAGUCCCGUAUUAAAGCCUGGAACUCGCAGACUCUGCCCAUAUAUGAGCCGGGUCUGAAGGAGGUGGUUGAAUCAUGCAGAGGGAAAAAUUUGUUUUUCUCUACAGACAUAGACUCCGCCAUCAGGGAAGCUGACCUGGUCUUUAUUUCUGUGAAUACUCCAACCAAGACCUAUGGGAUGGGAAAGGGUCGUGCAGCUGACCUCAAAUUCAUUGAAGCCUGUGCUCGGCGGAUUGUGGAGAUGUCUGAUGGCUACAAAAUCGUCACAGAGAAGAGCACAGUCCCAGUUCGUGCUGCUGAAAGCAUUCGACGGAUAUUUGAUGCCAACACCAAACCCAGCCUCAACCUACAAGUGCUGUCCAACCCAGAGUUCCUUGCGGAAGGUACAGCGGUGCGGGAUUUGAAGGUGCCAGACCGUGUCCUGAUUGGUGGAGAUGAAACAGCUGAAGGUCAAAGGGCAAUCAGAGCCCUUUGUGCUAUCUAUGAACACUGGGUCCCCAAAGAACGAAUCAUAACCACCAACACGUGGUCAUCUGAGCUGUCCAAACUGGCAGCCAAUGCAUUCCUGGCACAGCGAAUCAGCAGCAUCAACAGUAUCAGUGCUCUUUGUGAGGCCACUGGGGCUGAUGUGGAGGAGGUUGCCAAGGCGAUUGGCAUGGAUCAGAGAAUAGGCAGCAAGUUUCUUAAAGCCAGCAUAGGUUUUGGUGGAAGCUGUUUUCAGAAGGAUGUACUGAAUCUGGUGUAUCUCUGCGAGGCCCUCAACUUACCAGAGGUGGCUUCCUACUGGCAGCAGGUCAUAGACAUGAAUGAGUACCAAAGACGGCGGUUUGCAUGCAGGAUUAUUGAUUGUCUCUUCAAUACUGUUACUGGUAAAAAGAUUGCGCUGCUGGGCUUCUCCUUCAAGAAAGAUACAGGUGACACCAGGGAGUCAUCCAGCAUUUACAUAUCAAAGUAUCUGUUGGAUGAAGGAGCCAAGCUGUUCAUCUAUGACCCCAAAGUCCUUAAAGAACAGAUCAUACAUGACCUGUCCCAGCCCAGCAUCUCAGAAGACAACCCAGAAAGAGUUUCAGAGCUGGUGACUGUGACCUCAGACCCAUAUGAAGCCUGCCAGAGUGCUCAUGCCUUAGUCAUCUGCACUGAGUGGGAUAUGUUUAAGGAACUGGACUAUGAGAAAAUCUACAAGAAGAUGCUGAAACCAGCCUUUAUAUUUGAUGGCCGCAGGGUGUUGGACCACCUCCACUCUGAUCUACAGAACAUCGGCUUCCAGAUUGAGACCAUUGGUAAGAAAGUGAUCUCUACAAGGAUCCCCUACGCCCCAGCAGCUGGUUGUUCUCGCAUCACUGCCAUUGAACCUCCCACAAAGAAACCCAAAGUCUGAAACUCACCCAUACAUACAAACACAUUCCCCUCUGCUAAUGGUCAAGCAUGUCAUUCACCUCUGUUGUUGGUGCACGUUUAACAAUCAGAAAGGCCAAACAGUGUGAGUAGUUGCUUCCCUGCAGAUGUUAAGUGGUAAAUCAUUCCAGAUGGGGAUAUUAUCAAUGUUCUACUUCCAUUUCAUGAUACAGUGCAAUCAGCAACCAAACAUGUAUUAUGCAGUGAUAUGUCCUAUUUACUGAGUAUACUUUCUUACAGUAUUUACCCAUUAUCAAGUGCUGCAGCAAAAUUGCAAAAAUUAAAAUAUUUUUAUAAUGUUUUUUAUUGAUCCUCAUUGUUGAUGUAUGUCUACUUUGAGUGACAGCUCAUUACUAGGACCAAUGCAAUAAAAUGCAAUGUGUUCAUAA